AUAGUUGAUGGUUAUGGUGCGAGCGAGAGAAUGGAUUUGGGUUAUAUGAUCGUGGGGAGAUUUGUGGGUUUUGUGAUGGUCGCUGUGUUCUGCCCGAGCGAUCGAUUGCGUUCUGCUUUGAAUGAUAAAACAGCGAAGGGCGUCUCAAUUCCCGCGAAGAAGUGUGGAGUCCAUUUUUAUUUUUUUUUGCUACAAGAAAGCAUGGUCUCUUCCUUGUAAAUGGAGGUGUUGUCAUUGUUUUCUUGUCUUUUGAAGGAAGGGAAAGAUCAUGGGGGAGGGAUUGUCUUGUCGGAGUGUACUGAGAAUCUUGAUUGGUGUUCGCUUUGAUUUUGCUAGGAUCUGAAUUUGACAGAGAACUAGAGGGGAUUUUUCAUUUCUUGAGAACAAUCCAGAUGUUGCAAGCACGUUAUUUGGUUUCCUUGCUUGCUCUACUAGAUAGAGUAAGAAAACCCCAAUGGAAUUGUUCAUCUGGUUCUCAGGAGACAAAGGAGACAAAGGGUAUACAUUUCAAGUUUCAGCUAACACAGCCAGUAUGCAAGGAGAAUCUCAAUCCAGUGCACGAGAGGAAAAAGUGAGAAAGGAAGAGUUAAGAGUCAAGCUGAAGACCAAGGCUACAAAACCAGAUGAUGUGUCGGAAGAUAAAACUGAGAUGGAAAUGGAAUUAAAGACCAAAAGUACGGAGAAAAUCAAGCCACAUCAUGAGAAAGACAAGAAGGAGAAGCAUAAAGAAGAGGACAAGGGGAAAUCGAAGAAAAAGGAUGUGGGUGAAAGGAAGGAAAAGGACAAAGGGAAAAAAGGAAAAGAACACGAUUGUGAUGACGACGAUAAUGAUGAAGUGAGGACAGGUAAAGAGGCAGUGAGGGAGAAAGAGAAGAAGGAGAAAUGCAGUAUUAAUGAUGAUCAAGAUAAAAGAAUUGAGAAUGAUGAGUCCGGGGAGACUAAGAAAAAGAAAGGGAAUAAGUAUGAGGAAGGCAAGGAAAAAGAAGAGACGGAUACAGAGAAACGUGGUGGAGAUUUGGAAAACAGUGAAGAACAUUCUAAGGGGAAGAAAAAAGAGAAACAUAAGGACAAGAACACGAAGAAGGGAAAUGAUGAGAACUCCAAGGAGAAAGGAGUAGAGAAGAUUAGAAGUGAUGACAGAGAGGUGGAGAAGAAGAAGGGAAAUGAAGAAUACGUGGAGAUAUAUGAAGGGAGGGCAAAUGAUGAGGAGCAAAAGAAGGAUAAGCAUGGGAAAGAGAAACAAGAAGGCAAGAAAAAGGAUGAAAAACACAAGGAGAAAGAUAAAUCUAAAGGAAAAGAGAAUGUCGAUGAAGAUAAAGGAGAAAAGAAUAAGAAAAAGGAUAAGGAAGAUAAACAGAAGAAUAAGCACAGGAAUGCGGCAGAUGAGCGAAAAGGCACAAAACAUGAGGAGGAAGAUAAGAAGAACCGGAAAAAGGUUAAGGAGAAGGAAGAGGAAAGGAAGCACAUGGAUAGAGAGGAUGUGGAGAAACAAGAUGAAGAUGAGGAAAAAGUAGACAGUGAGAAAGAGCAAAAGAAGAAGGAGAAGAAAGAUGAGGACAAGAAAGAGAAGGAAAAGCAAAGGGGCGACGCCGAUGUGGAAACAGCAGAUGAAGACAAGGGGAAAGGGGAGAAGAAAGAGAAGAAGAAGACCAAGAAAACUGACGUAGGAAAAGAAGAGAAAGAAGAGAAGCUAAAGAAGAAAGGGAAGAAGCACGAGGAUGUACCGGAUGUUGGAAAUGAAGAUGAGAAGGAAGGAGACGUUAAAAAAGAGAAUCGCAAGGUUGAAGAGGGUAUGACUGAAGUUACUGGAAGGGAGAUUGAAAUAUGUGAAGAUGCUAAAAAAUCUGAAGGAGAAGGGCAAAAAGAAAAGCAGAAAGGUGAGGAAGUUGACAAGAAGGUUAAGGGUGAUAAGAAAAGAAAACUUGAUGGGAAGGACAAGAUUAAAGAUCUUGGCAAGCUAAAACAGAAGUUGGAGAAACUAAAUAGUCAAAUUGAAGCUCUUCUGGAGAAGAAGUCGGAAAUCUUGAGGCAAAUAAACGAGGCUGAGCAUGCAGAGGCCUCUACUGGUGGAGCAGCUGAUGAAGCUAAUGCAGCUUAGGGUGAUGUGUGGACACUACCUUCUUUUCUGUCUGUAAAUAUGUCUAAGUAAAUAGUAAAAUCGAAGCUCUUCUGGAGAAGAAGUUGGAAAUCUUGAGGCAAAUAAACGAGGCUGAGCAUGUGGAGGCCUCUACCGGUGGAGCAGCUGAUACCAAUGCAGCUUUGGGUGACGUGUGGACACUACCUUCUUUUCUGUUUGUAAUUAUGUCUAUAUUUCUAAAGUUGUCAUGUGAAUAAUGUAUACUUUUCUUGUCCUUGUUUGGUAAAUGUAAUGCUCUCUGUCCUUUUUAUCCUACCCAAAGUGAGCUUCUGUGUACAUAAACUUCCCAUGGCUAUAGUUACAUAUCAGUAAGACCAAGGGAGUGCUAUAUCUGAGUGUCA